UAAUUAUAGGGGUUUAAAAGAGUAGACUAGAUCAAGUUAAAAGUGUGUGGAUGAAAUUCCAUGAUAACAAACUGGAACAAGUACAAAGGUACACUCUGCAUAAAAAGGCAGUGAAACAUUGAUUUAGCAUAAGAGAAAUUCCCAUUUGUGAAUGCACUCUCUCGACUCUCAUCAAUACUACUCUACUGUAAACAAGUUGACUCAGUUUGAGAUGGAGGCGAUUCUGGGACCUGACUCGGAGCCAUUUGAAACCUUUAUCUCCAAUCUCUCUCGGUCGGAGGUCGAGUCAACAGCGGAGAUGAUGAAGCAGAGAGAUCCAAACGCGCUUGCUUUUAAAACAGUUAACUUUCUCAGCUCUUUCCAUGUCGACGAAAUCGAUUCUCGCGAGAAGUGUGCUGACCUCCUUGGGAGGUUGCUCGUUGAUGAUGACUUAUCCACUUGGCGCAAUCUAAGCAUCUCCACUCAAUCUGCCAUCAAAUCUUUCCUUCUUAAUCCUAUCAUCAAUUUUGAAGAAUCAAAAUUCAUCACCAAAGUGCGCCGUGAUACCAUUUACAGGUUAGCUGCUUCACUUCUCCCAGACAACAACUGGCCUGAAUUAUUGCCAUUCUUGUAUCAAUGCCUCACUGAUUCCGCUUCAAACAAUUACCUCAAAGGGUUAGCUUUCCAUAUAUUUGCUGAACUAGCCGAGGACAUAGGUGAAACAAUAGUAGUCCCUUCUGCAAAGACUUUGCACUCACGAUUCCGUAAUACACUGAAUGAUGAUACCCUUGAUCUAGAUGUGAGGAUCGCAGCCGUGAGCGCUGUGAUCAAAUUCAUUCAGUGUAUGCCGAGUUCAAAUGAGAAGGAGCGCUUUCAGGAUUUGUUGCCCGGAAUGAUGAUGACGUUGACUAAUGCAUAUUUGAGCAAAGGUGAGGUUGCAGACGAGCAGGUCCUGAAACAUUUUAUAGAGUUGGCCAAGAAUGAGCCUAGGUUCUUUAGAAGUCAGCUAGUAGAUGUGGUAUCCACCAUGUUUGAGAUAACAGAGGCUGAGAGUUUGGAAGACAGGACGAGGCAUUUAGCAGUUGAAUUUUUGAUAACUUUGGUUGAGGCGAAGAAGAGGGCCCCAGGAAUGAUGAAGAGGGUGCCCUUGUUUAUUAGCAGAUGUUUCGCAUUGUUAUUGAAGUUAUUACUAGAUAUUACGGAUGACCCUGCUUGGCAUAGUGCCGACACCUUGUUUGAUGUGAUAGGACCAACAAGUAACUUCCGUGUUGGUAGGAAGUGUUUAGACCGGUUUUCUCUUGCAUUAGGAGGUAAGUCUAUUGCUCAUGUUGCCAUAGAGCAACUGUCUGCUUACUCGGAUGCGCCAGAAUGGGAGAAGCGCCAUGCAGCUCUGAUUGCACUUGCUUAUAUUGCUGAAGGCUGCUCAAAGGUGAUGAUCAAGAAUUUGGAGCAGCUGGUGACUAUUGUUCUCAAUUGUUUCCAAGAUCCUCAUCCUCGAGUUAGAUGGGCAGCUUGCUGUGCAAUUUUGCGGUUUUUGUAUGACUUCUCUCCGCAUUUUCAAGAAAAUUACCAUAACCAAGUAUUCCUUGCAUUAGCUGCAGCUAUGGAUGAUUCUUAUCCACGAGUGCAGGUUUGUCCUACCAUCUAUGAGUGCUGCAAGUUUCCUAAAAAGCAAUUGCAAGCUAAAACAAGAUUAGAUUAUCAUUGAUACAUGAAACAA